GACGAGCGAAAUUUCCUGAAAGAUGACGACUACGCACACCCCGCCGAGGACCCGUUCGCAGGCCGCGACAUCCGUAGGAACGGAGGCGGGCGCGACCCAUCCGCUGGAUGCGGGGGUGACGCUAGCAGAGAGUCUUCAGACCGUCAUUCAGGAGGUCCGGCUCCUGCGCGAGGAACAGGCACAAAGGGAGAAGGAGUACGCUGAGACGUUUCGCCGGCAGGAGGAGGAGCUCCGUUUUCUCCGAGGGAUGAACUCUGGAACGCAAAUACAGCUAAGUCAUUCUGAUAAUAGAGCGUCUGGAGACUCGGGGACGCGAGUCGCGGGCGGCGCGGAAGCGCGAGACGCGCACGCGAGUGAGGGGGACGCGAUCCCGAGCGGCACGCGGACGCGAGACGCGUACGCGAGUGAAAGGGGCACAAUCUCGAGUGCCGCGGUAGCGCGAGUCGCGUGUGCGGAAGAAAGAGACACGAUCUCGAGCGGCGUGAGAACGCGAAUACACGCGAGUGAUAGUGUCGCUGUCGCGAGUGCCGACCUGGGGUAUAAAUUGAAACCCGACACGUACGACGGAACAACCCCGUUACAGGAAUACCUCUCGCAAAUGAGUUUGAUCGCGCGUGCGAACCGUUGGGAUGACGCGACGAAAACUGUUGUGUUAGCCUCGAGUUUGAGGGGAAAAGCGCGCUCCAUUUUAGAGACCGUGCAAGAUGUCGACUGUUUAGAUUUUGCAGAGCUGAAAGCGAAGCUCGAGUUACGUUUUGGGGAGGGUCAUUUAACGCAGAAUAGUUACUCCGCUCUCACCAAUCGCAGACAGAGGUUUGGGGAGGAUCUAGCUACUCUCGGUUCCGAUAUUGAGCGUCUAUCUCGUCUUGCGUACCCCGAGUGCCCCUAUGAGAUUCGGGAUAAGAUUGCUUGUUCGCAAUUCGUUUCGGCUGUGUCCGAUAUUUUUGUUCGACGUACGUUGCAAAUAGAGGGGAUAACCUCAUUAAAUCGGGCAGUCGAGCGAGCAAAAGCAUUGAAAAUAAUUCAAGGGGACAAUUAUGCUCGAGAGAAGGAGAAGACGAAUAAAAGUUUUCCGAAGGAGGGACAGAACAAUAAUUUUAAUGGAAAAAAGGGCACUGAAGGGAACGGGAAACAAGCUGAAGAGGGAAAAAAUGAGCAGAGGGAAAAUUCGCGUGGCAGCAAAAGCGCCAGUCGGGAUGAGAGGGGAGGUGGAUAAGGUUAUUGAGGAAAUGAGGGCAUGCGGAGUAAUUGAGGAAUCAAAUAGCCCUUGGACUUCUCCUGUU